CGCUCGCUCCGCCCUCUGCGCGCCCUGUUCCGUGCCUUGAGGUUGCGGUCAGCGCGAGCCGCUGCAACGAGUCGGGGCCGCCUGUGAGCGUGAGGCUGCAACCCUCUCCUCCCGCCGACGCAUCUCCAACCGGGACUCCGCCCGCCUCGCUCCGGGCCCAGGCCCCGUUGCACCCCGCCCGGCGCCGGACAGCAAAGCCGCCGUCGCCGCGUCCCGAGGAACCUACAGCCGUCGCCAGCGCCGCCCGCCGAGCAAGAUGGGAAAUGAGGCGAGUUACCCUUUGGAAAUGUGCUCACACUUUGAUGCUGAUGAAAUUAAAAGGCUAGGAAAGAGAUUCAAGAAGCUUGAUUUGGACAAUUCUGGUUCUUUGAGCGUGGAAGAGUUCAUGUCUCUGCCUGAGUUACAGCAGAACCCUUUGGUACAGCGGGUAAUAGAUAUAUUCGACACAGACGGCAACGGAGAAGUGGACUUCAAAGAAUUCAUUGAAGGAGUCUCUCAGUUCAGUGUCAAAGGCGAUAAGGAACAGAAGUUGAGGUUUGCUUUUCGUAUCUAUGACAUGGAUAAAGAUGGCUAUAUUUCCAAUGGAGAACUCUUCCAGGUGUUGAAGAUGAUGGUGGGCAACAAUCUGAAAGAUACACAAUUACAGCAGAUUGUAGACAAAACCAUAAUAAAUGCGGAUAAGGAUGGAGAUGGAAGAAUAUCCUUUGAGGAAUUCUGUGCUGUUGUAGGUGGCCUAGAUAUCCACAAAAAGAUGGUGGUGGAUGUGUGACUCUUUGAAGAAUACCACCCAACACUUUUGCUUUCUUCUCCAUCUCUGAAGAUCUGCUCAAGACGUCCAGCAAUGCUCUCUGUGUAUUUAAAUGGAAGUAUUUUUCUCUGUGAAGCCACAUUUUCCAACAUGAGCCUCAUGAAGCCAACUAAGUGUUAUUGAACUCCUACUCUCUCAAUAACUCAGUGUAGCACUUUAAAGUUUGAAGGACAGCAGCAUGAAAGAGCAUAUCAGUAUGGUGGAGAAAGGGAAGGGGUUGGCUCUUUAAUUUAUUUUUCUUCAUCUUUUAUAACAAGAAAGUAUCUAUAUAUACAUAUGUAAAUAUUUAUAUAUAGAUAUAUGUAGCUUUCUAUAUAUUUAGUAGGUUGGCUUUAAUUUAAUAUACUUGAUUCAGAAACAAAAUGUUAGAGUACAAAAGUGCCAAGCAGAACAUAAACCAUCCUUACUUUUAUUUCACACAGUUUUAUAUGUAGAUAGAAGAUUGUACAAUUUGCGCCAGGUAUUAGGCCAGCUCUUUUCCUUUCUCUGUGCUUUCUCCUUUGAGAGAUUGAUAAAGCAUUUGUUAAUGCCCUAUUAUUUACCUUACACUUUUGUAACGAGUCUGUAACUUUAUUUAUAUCUCUGACUAUCUUUCCAGGGACCGUGUCUUAUUGCUGAGCAGCUUUUAAUCCAUCUCUGUUGGAGGUCUAGUUCAGUGCUGUUGCCAAGAGUGGGUUCUUGUGUCCAUAGAACUGCAUAUACUAUGGCUGCUUCAGGCUGAUACUUUUUAAGUAGUCACUGUUAUUUUUAUUAAGUGUCCCUGAGAAAAUGUAAUUAGCAGUUGUGAUUUUAUAAAGGUCAGAAGUUUUCUGAGGCAGUCGUGACUUUUUUAAAUGUAUUAUUUAGUGAAGAAAACCCAAAGUAAUCAUGUAAUGGCUUAAAAUAUCCAUGUUCCAUUAUACACAAGGGAAACCAUGUGAAAUAUGUGUCACUGAACUGUAAAUCAUGGACUCAUUUUUCUUCUGCAUUUCAAAAGACACAGUUAACCUAAAAAAAAAAAAAUCAACUGAUACUUAAUGAGCACAUGUUUAUGUAAAAUUCUGUUUGUGGUUAAGAUGGGGGAUUAUCUUGCUAAUCUAUAUGCCACAGGAGAGCAGAUUUUGUCCAUAGUCACAUUUUUAAAAAUUCUCUGCCAGAAGGCAAGAUAGCACAUGAUGGAUUUUUGUUUUGCCCGCACAACUAGUGAUGGAUGAUGAUUUAAUAGAUUUGUGUGACAUAAAAGUACGUCAUGUCCUACCACUUGACAUUAUCCCUUCCCUUUUCUGCAAAGGUACUAUUGAUCGGAAGAAAGAUAUUCUGGCUAGUUUUAUAUGGCAGUCUUCCCUAUACAGUUUUUCUAUAUCAAUUGGUUUUAUAAUCAUGAAUGGUCGAGGGUGGGUUGAAUCAAGGUGAGAGAAUAUUAAAUUGAGUCUACCUGCCUGCCACCGCUGUCCCUUCAACUGAGUGCUGCACAUCAUGGGCUCUGUCUGUGAGAGAAACCCCGGUGCUUGGUGUCUCUGCAUGACAUGGAGUUUUGCAUGUAGAUCAAUUUAAAAUGUACCUCUUGUUUACAUAAUCUGCAUAAUUUAAAAAGAUGUUGCCAAACUUUGGAAAUGUUAAUACUCAAAACGAAAAUCUCCACUCCAUGUGACUACUCUCUCCCUCUGGAUCAGUACAUGGCUUGCAAUCCCAGCCAGUGGUUUGAUCUGUCCCAGUGUCAACCGCCAUGUGCUCUGCUUCAAGAGGGAACUAGUCUUUUGUGAAUUUUUUUGUACAUAAUUAUUUGUUACAAAUAUUUUAGCAAAUGCUUUCUAUAUCUCUUGCUUGUGCAUAUCUUGGCUGGCGUUGUGGAAAAAAAUAGUGCAAACUAUUUCCUUACUGGGGAAUGAGGGGUUUUCUUUUUUAGUUUGUGUGAGGGAGGUGGGGAGGGCAUGGUUUAUGUUGAAUGUUUAAAUUUUCUUCUGCAUGAUACAUGUCAUGUUGUGAAAUCUUUAGAGGACUUCAUACUGUAUGAGUAAGAAAAUAAAAUAUUUGAAACUUGGCUUGAA